UCAAUUUUAUUUUUUUAAAUAAAAAGUUUUUAUUUUUAAAAUUUUCAUCCGAAAUCAAGAAAACAAAAAACAAUGACAUUAUCCGAUUCGAUCAAUGAAUUCAAAUUGGAUAAUGUUCCAAAUGAUUGUAUACAAAGUGUAAAAUUUGGUAAACAUUCGGAUCAAUAUUUACUUGCCGCUUCAUGGGAUUCAACAUUACGUUUAUAUGAUAUUUUUAAUAAAAAACUUUGUCUUAAAUUUGAUCAUCCGGCACCGGUUUUAGAUUGUGCUUUUCAGGAUUCAAAUCAUGCAUGGAGCGCUGCAUUUGACCGUAAAGUUCGAAUGUUUGAUCUACAAACAAAUACCGAAACAAUUGUUGGCCAUCAUGAUGCACCAAUCAGAUGUUUAGAAUAUUCGAUUGAUAAUAAUCUUAUUAUAACGGGUGGUUGGGAUUCACAACUUCGAUUAUGGGAUGGACGAUCACCGAAUGCUGUUGGAACUUAUAGUCAACCAGAUCGAAUAUAUACGUUCGAUGUUAGUGGUAAUACAAUUGUUGUUGGUACAGCCGAACGCCGUGUACUUGUUUGGGAUCUAAAAAAUAUGUCCUAUCCACAACAACGAAGAGAAUCAAGUCUAAAAUAUCAAACCAGAUAUAUUCGAUGUUUUAGUAACAAAGAAGGUUUUGUUCUUAGUUCGGUUGAAGGUCGUGUUGCUGUUGAAUAUCUGGAUCCUAGUCCAGAUGCACAGAAGAAAAAAUAUGCAUUCAAAUGUCAUCGUAACAAAGAUACAGCUACCGGAUUGGAAUAUAUUUUUCCCGUAAAUUCAAUUAGUUUUCAUUCGGGUUAUAAUACAUUUGCAACUGGUGGAUCCGAUGGUUUUGUUAAUAUUUGGGAUGGUUUUAACAAAAAACGUCUUUGUCAAUUUCAUAAAUAUCCAACAAGUAUUUCAUCAUUAUGUUUUUCACCUGAUGGUACUUAUCUAGCUAUUGCAUCAUCAUAUUUAGCUGAAACAAAUGAUAUUAAAGAUAUACCGCCGGAUUCAAUUUUUAUAAGAAAAGUUUCCGAUCAGGAAACUAAACCAAAAUAAUUUUAUAUUUUUAGUAAUUAUUUA